CAUAGCCUAAACAUGAGAAGAUAAUCGACGCCCAACUAUCGAUAUAUUCUUUAUUUAUCAACUUACAAUCAUUCGACAACAUGUUCCUUACCAUUGGUGUUUUCCUAAAUUUUUGAAUGCUGUUUUAUGAAUUCGUUUGCUGGUAUUUUCGUAAAUGACGCGGUAAUGGUAACAAUAAAUAAUUAUUUACGAAUCCACGAUCUGAAAGUAGUUUGACGUUGCGGCAAUUUUUGGAAUACCUCGGAGUCUAAAUUAAUUUAUACAUUAGUAUUCUCAACGCUUGUCCACAAUGGCGACGGAUAAAGAUAAACAUAUUUCAGUGACGCACUUUAUUAAUCCACAACUUUUUUGGUUUCACGAAAUUAGUGUACCAAAUGCCGCUUAUCUUGAAAUCAAAGAAUUAGAAGAGCAACUUGAACGAUAUUACAAGAGUCAUCAACCAUGGACACAAGCAAUACGCAAGCCUGCCACAGGUAUGCUGGUAGCUGUGAAAUUUCUAUCCUGGCAUAAAAUGAUUCGUGCACGUGUUGAACACAUAGCAAAUUUCAGCAAAACUACUCAAGGAGGUGAAUUUAUUAUGUGGGCCAUUGAUUACGGAUUCCCCUUUCAAACAAAAUCUGAACAAAUUUUUCGUUUGCCGGAAAAAUUAUCAAUACCGGUGGAGCAUGUACGAAGUGGUGGACUUGCUGAUAUAUUACCAGCUGAAAGAGAUUUUGAUUUUCGUAUGAAUUGUGCGGUAACUAAUAGCAAAGAGAAUUGGAGUCAACGCGCAUGUGAUUUAGUGGACAAACUGUUGAAUGAUGCUGAAUCUGUGGUGUUUGUUGAAAAAUUCGAGAAUGAAAAUCAUGCCUGGGGAGAUCUUAUAAUUACCACGCAUUUAGGCGAUAAAUGUAAUGUUCGUGAUUAUUUGGUUGGUAUGAGUUUGGCUGUGGAUGCUGGACCCAAUUUUAUGGAGAUUUGCCCAAAUUUAAAAGUAACGAAAAUUUUGCCAUGGAUGACGAAUAGUGGUAAUAGUAAGUUUAGUGCUAACAAAGGAUUCCUUUGCCCCAAUAAUGUAAGUGUUGAAAAGAAAAAUGCACAAAAAUUAAUUUGCCCAGAAUUAAAUGAAUACGCAAAGAAAAAAGUAGAAGACUGGUGUGCCAGAAAUGAACUGGCUGAUUGUCAAGAACCAGCUGACUUUGAUGCCGACAUGUUGCUGGACACCAUCGCUUUUGAUGAUUCAGUAUCAAAUAAAAACUUUGAAACUUGCAAGUCCAAACAUGUUGACGCUGGUCACAAACCUAAUAAAGGUAUGAAUACAACGAACUCACACAAGCAAGGCAACAUUGAGUUUAAUAAAAACCACGGCAGUAAUGAUAAUAUACUUAGUGAUUUGGAAUCGGUUAGCUCAUUGAAUGUUGACGGAAUGCAUGAGCAGAAGUUGGCGUUAGCUGGUGCUUUGAGCAAAUCUAGGGCAAGUAAAUACGACGAUAAAGAACUACCGCCAGAACCAAGUGAACUGCAUUUCGAUAUAAGCGCAGAUUCUGAGAAAUCAUUACUCAAAGAAAAUGCGGUGCCAAAGGAGAAUGAAAAACUACUAAGUGGCGUCGAAUCGCUGGCAUCGGUGAUAACCGGUGUUAGCUCGAGAAAGCAAAAAUUACUGGAUAAGCGCAAGCAGCUCAACAUGAAUCAAAAUGUCGAACAAAACAUAAAUAAAAAAUCUCAGCCGGUAAUCACCCAGGAACCUAAACAUAGCAAAAAAUACGAUAAUCUUAUUGAACUUACAUCUAAUGCAAGCUCAAAUUUGGAAUCCGAUAUUGAAAAGCAAAUGCGUAAAACUACACUUAAAGAUACUGAAAGCAGCAGCGUUACUGCCAGUUGCACAAACACAUCGGUAGCGAAUUCUCGUGUUAAACGCCAUUUACUGAAUAGACAAAAGUUGCAAAAUAAAAAACAACCAGACAACAACUCUGAUAGCACAUCCACUAACGAACUUUCUGCGCCACAAGCCUCAGUACCAUCCAAACGUAUGGAAUUGCUGAAAAAGCAACGUUUAGAGAAGCUUGCACAACAUGAAGAACCAAGCUCUACUGAAGAUUCAUUUAAGGAAAGUGAUAAACAAAUUCAUACAAAGCACCACGGUGCCAAGCCAGCAGUACAGCCAACCAAACCUAGCGCUCAUGUUAGUCAUUUGUUAAACUUACGCAAAAAGUAUAACAAGGAUAUAAACCAGCAUGAAGCUGCUAAUAAUAUAUUGUUUUUGAAUCAAGAGGUUAAGCAUAUCAAGGAUGAGUCACGUUUCGAACUCACUACUUCGAAUACACGUCUACGUCCAGCUGCUGAGAAACUAAGUGAGAGCUCUACCUUCCUUGGUCUACGUAUGAUACCAGCUGGUUUCGAUAUUGCAAAUCUUCAUCAUUAUAAAAAUGAGAAUAACCAUUGGCAUCGUAAGGCGACUACUCGUUUUGAUUAUGUACCACACGAUGAAAAGGAUAUGGAAUCAUUGGAUGAAGCUAUUACAAACGAUAAAUACAAGAAUUGCGAAAAAUAUAAAGAGAAGAUUGCAGCUGUAUCAACAACAGGCAAAUCAAAGCACACAAACAUUUUGGAUACUACAGUACCGCAAAUAAAUGAAAAUCCAAUCGAUUUUGGUUUCACUAUUGACCAGGAGAGCAAAUCCAAAGUCGCCACUUUGCCAGAGGAAUCAUCGCCCUCCAGUAGCAGCAAUAUGAGCUCACCACUACCAGCAGCAAAGAAAUAUGGUCGGCGCCGCUCACUCAAGUCACCCACGUCCCAAAUGAAGAAAAUCGAUGAAAUAUUACGUUCGGCUUAUGAUGAAAAAGCAGACGGUAAUGUUGAUAUACUAGACUUGAAAAACCUCAAUUCCAGCGGCUGUAAGGAAGACACUGACAAUACUGAGUUAUACUCCGCCGAGGAUGGUACUUACGGCACAGCAUCAGACAAAGAAGACGUCGAUUCAGAACGUAAUUCAUCGAAUAAACGUUCAUUGAUCAGAAGCAGACUACAGAAGAAACUAGCGGCGCAGAAAGCACACUUGAAACAAAUGGAGGAUCAGUUAACCCAUGAGCUGAAUUCACCACAACCCGAAUCCUUUCGCAUACAUCUACCACAAAUGAGCGAACUACGCUCGAUUGAGGGGGAACAUAAGCUAAAAACCAAAUUUAUCGAUCAUUUAGUGCUGGCGCAUUCAAAAGUUCCGCUCACUGCACUCACAAGCAUAUCCGAUGCAUUCUUUCUCAAAGAAAUACACGAUGAAAUGGAAAACAUGCGCGUCACCAAACUGUAUCGCAUACAAGCUUACGCCUGGCCACACUUACUCCGCGGUAAUUCGCUCUUUGUCGUGAAUCCACACAAGUCUGGCAAAACUUGGAGUUAUUUGCCGGCUAUUUGUAGUCUGGUCGCUUAUCGCCUACAAAGUUGCCGCCUCGUCGAUACUUACGGUCCAGUUGCCAUUAUUUUAAUGCCCACAUCAGCGCAUGUCGAGGUGGUGCAUAACUACUGUAAACGUUUACUUUUAAGCGUACGCCCUGCCGUUUCCACAGUCGCCUCAUAUGGUGUACGCAAUGCAAAUGAAGCUAAAAUACAAUUGCUCAAUAGCUGUGGCAUACUCGUGGCCACACCGGGGAGUCUAUUGCGUCUGCUGCGUGACAAUGAGAAUGAGUCCUUGUUUGAUAUGGAACGUCUAAAGCAUUUAGUUAUUGAUGAUUUAGAUUUGAUGCUAUCGCGUUCGCAGGAUGAUAUAGAAACUGUGUUGAAGACAUUCUUCAAAUUAGCCAAACGCAAAGAGGCCGGCAUUACGCAAACUACCAUUGGUUUGCAGUUGGUAGUGACGUCAUGUGAUUGGGAUUCAUUGCUUGUGGCGUUAAUGCGUAAAGCAAAUCAACCAUUACUCUUGAUCGGCGACUUUAUAGAAGCAGCCGUAUACGGCAGAGUAUCAAUAUCAAUUAAAUUGUGUCCCAGCAAGCGUAAGAUUUCGACAAUAUUAGAAUUCAUCGAACAGAAUUCACUUGAAAAUGAACGUAUUCUCGUACUAUGCAACAGCGAUGACGACGUGUACGAGGUUGUAGAUGCUCUCACCACAUCCGCAUUCGUCUGCAUAGCCUACGACAGUCACUCCUCAGCGGAUGUGCGCAUCAUAAUUGAAGAGUGGCGUAAGAAGAAGGUGAUGUCAUCACGCAUACUAGUUUGCGCUGAUUCUUCCUUCCCCGAGCUACAAAUCCAGAAUGUCUCCCAUGUUAUACACUACUCAAUGCCCACAUCUUGGACUAAAUUCACAGCACGUUUUUCCGCUCUGGCUCAGACAUAUGAAAAUUAUGUUAGCAAAAAUUUUGAAAUGCCCACUGGCGUUGAUCGGCCAAUAGCACGUUCACUAAUAUUGUUAGAUGAAGAGAAUAGCAUACAAUUACCGCGUUUGAUGGACUUUAUGAAGAAGCAUGAUCAAUUGAAAUUUAUACACUCGGAUAUAUUGACCGUGUCCAAGCGUGUACUGGUGGAGCGUGAAGAAACGCGUAUUCUACAAGGCACUCGCAUGUGUCCUUAUGUCUUGGAAUUCGGCGAGUGUGAUGAGCCACGCUGUGAAUUCCGUCAUAAUCUCACGCGCUUUGAUGCUGUCGCCAAAAAGGACAACAUCCCGGAUGCGGGUGAUAUUCGUAUACUUGUGUUGAAGGUCUUUUCGCCCACACACUACGCCGCACGUUUACUCCAAUAUCGUUCAGUCAACUCUACUAAAUGGCAGGAUAUACGUCGCUCCAAGGAGGUGUGCAAUUUUAGUAUGCAAAUGAAUAUGCAUUAUUUAAAACAAGAAAAUUGGAAUCUCCACUGGCCCCUACAUGUUGGUGACUUGUGUGUGUACAAAUACGCCGAUACUUAUCAACGAGUGCGGAUACUUGAGUUGCCGGAUGUGCAAAAUACAGAUCUUAUUAAAACCAUUAAGUUGACGGUGAAGCUAAUUGAUGAAGGCAGUAUUAUAUCGAACGUUAAAUCCGAUGAACUCUAUGUUUGUCAUGAUAAAUUUAAAGACUUCCCAGCACAAGCUAUCAACAUACGUCUGUCCGGUGUUGUGCCCUUCGAUAAUGAACGCACGUGGAACACAAAAGCCACCAAAGCUGUGCAAAAAUGGAUAAUGACCGAUAUUAAAAAGAAUGAAUGCGUACAUGUGAGCAUCAAUUUCACACUGAUCGAUACGAUUUGGGUGAAUAAUGUGAUUGUUAUGGAGCAACUCGAACAGGUGGGACAAUAUGUGUAUCGUGUGAAUUUGAAACGUUCACUUUUGGAGAAGGAUAUCGCCGCUGCCGGUGAUAGCAAGCGACCAGGUAUACGUGAAAUUGCUGAGGAGUUGGGUUUGCUUACUGCAGACACCACGCUUAGUGACUCGGAAGGCGAAUUUAAAAGUUGUACUGAGAAUGAUAGCAGUAAUUUGAUUAAAUUCUCAUCCAACGACGAGACUAUGGAAAGUGAAAUACUCGGGAAAGUGGUGAGAGCAGCACAAAUAGAAGAGGAUGAAGAGGAAAACGUGCAGGGCGCAGAAGGAACGGCCGAACUUGUUAAAAUCAAUGCGGAUAAAGCGGUUGAUGUAGAAGAAGAUUGGGAUGCUCAAAUGAAUGAUAAUGAUAACAAUACUAAUGAGAUUUAUCUACCACUUCAUGCAAUCAGCAAUGAAACAGUUGCAAAUCCAUUAACAACAACAACGUCAACCGCCCAAAAUCAGCAGUCUAACAACUCGAAUCUCAUCAGCUCAACCCAAACUACAGAACCCGACAUUCCCGCAACUGUUGAAAAUGCCCAAAAGGAAUCCCCUCCAACAGCAAUAACAAUAAGUGAAAUUGAAGAACUCAGCACACCAACGCUGCCGUUGGAAAAGGAGGAAUGGCUUGUGCUGCCCUUGGAGAAAAUUGUCAAAGUAGAAAUUGGUAGCGAGUCGGAAAAUGGCAAUUGGGACGAUAUUUACCUGCAAAAUAUCGAUGCCGAAAAUCUUGUGAAAUUCGAUGAAUUACUCGACUUGAUCAAUGCACACAUUGUCGAGUUGAAGCGUAAACCAGCAAUGCCAUUUGCCGCCACUUGGUUUAGGCCCAUGCAGAAUUGUAUAGUACACCAUGAUGAUAGAUAUUUACGUGCCAAAUUGUAUGGCAUUUUCGGCAGUGAUCCCAAAGUCACCACCACGGCGACUACUGCAACUGUUUAUCGUUUCUUUUUAUGCGAUUACGCCUGUUUUGUUAUGGCUAAAGCUGAGGAGCUGUACAAUGAUUUCUUGUAUCCAACCACCAAAGAGAUAGUGGAGUUUACACCAUACCAAGCGCUGCAUUGUCGCCUCGCUGGCAUUAAGCUAAUCCCCUUUGCGCAUAAGUGUAAAGUAACCAAAGAUUUUCUAUACGCUUACGCGGUAGAGGCGAGAGAGUGUGCGCCUACGGGCAUAGCGGAGUUUCACAUAAAUUCAUAUGACAUAUUGCUUUUCGAAAACGAACUAGAAGAUGAUUUGCAAACACUGGAAUUACUCAACAAAACCUUAAUAAAACAUGGUGUCGCUCUGGCGGAUGAGCAGACCAAACAUUUUUUGCAUACAAAACUAAAACUACCUGAAGUACCUAAAGAUUUGUGUAGCUUCGAUGAACUAUUGCAUUGCAUACAACGUUCCUUUGAGUUAGAGUUGGCUGAAACGCAUAACGCCGGCGAACCAACACCAUUGCAAGCCAUUGAGCCACCUCAAUUAGCGUCGGAGAUAAAUUCGCAAGGCAAAACACAAAACGUUGUCAAAACCAAUCCUUACAAGCCAUUAAAAGCCAAAGGUCCGAACACGUCAAGCGACAGCGAUGAGGAGCCUCUCCUAUCCUCUACCAAAAAUUCAAGCAACAGUGACAACGAUCGCUCAUUUUCCUCGCCAUCUACAAGUGCACAAGACACUACAACAACCUCCGAAUCGGCGCUACCACCUGUACCAGCACUGCAAGCUAACUACAAACGUCCACAAGUUUCCUGGUACGACACAGAUUGCUUCAUAUACCUCGUUAUACAUGCACCAGACAUAAGCGAUUAUUAUCUGGAAGUAACGAAAAAUACGCUCAUAUUCCAUACCGUCCUACAAGAGACACCAUUUGCUUUGGUUCUUAACCUUGUUGGUAUGGUCGAACCAUCAAUGGUUUCACACGAAAUACGCGGCUUAAAUGUCCUGGUACGUUUGAUAAAGGGCGUCUUUAUGAAGUGGCCACGCCUGUUGGUGCAAACAACGCGUUAUCCUUGGCUGACAUACAAUUUGAAUGCGUUGGAUUUGACCGAAGUGGAUAAGCUAUUGCCGCAACAACAAUUGGAAAUGAUACUACAGAAAACUGAAGCAGCAAAUCACAGCUCGAGCUCCGAUGAGGAAUCCGACGAUGAACGCAAUUUAUUCCAAACAUUUACCCCACUCAUUAACAGUGAGGAUAUACAUGAUCCCACUGUGGAGAUUUUGUGAGCCCGACCAACAGCUGGAAUUGUGAAAUAUAAGUUAGGUUUAUGUUUAAUUGCGUGUGUAGGAAUUAUGUGCGUCGCAAUAAAAGCGCGUACUUGGUAAACACCGAAAUUUUUUACUUAUUGAUUGAAAUGAAUUCUUAAAUUAUUUUAUUUUAUCAAAAAAAAAAAUGUGAUUUCCACUUCGACUGUUUUGUUAAACGCAUUGAAUUAAUGUUAAACUCAUUUCUUUAUUCUAUUAUAUAAUAGGAGAAAAUAUUAAUUUUUGAAUUUAAUUUCGAUAUUUAGAUAUACAGAUAUUUACAUAUGUAUCUGAAUACGUAUUUUAAGAAACUCGAAUAUAAGUGAUUGGAUUACAAAAGUAUUUUUAAAAAUAAAAGCAUUAUAAAUGUAUAAAUUCGUACAUAUAUACACACCUACAGCCUGGGCCAAAUAUCUCACGCAUACAAGCAUAUUCA